CCCUUAAGGGUACGUUUGUCCUAGGUUCUUUUUUUUAUUUUUUAUCAAGGUCAGGAUUUUGCCAAACUCCUCCCCUCCCUCCCCGCGCUUAAAGUGCGUGAGCGCGACUUCCAAAAUCUUACGUGACUUGUGCCUCCAUUCGUGGCAUCAAGUCCUGCGGGUAAGUCCUAAAAGUAGCUCCAAUGCGCCCUUGAAAGCUAUUUUAUUUAUUUUUUGUGAUUUUAUUUGUGAUGUGGACCGCUCUACCUGAGAUGUACUACAACAGGAGGUAACAGUGUGACUCACGCGCGAGGGAACAAACAAGACGGAGGAGUCGCGCGGCGAAUAUCAGCAAAUCACACGUGUCCCCUCAAAAGGUCACCGCGGAUGGGAUUUAGGCGGCCGUUAUUUGCGCCAGGCUUCACUCGGACUAAAGACACACCUGACUUGGCUCGCUUGUGAUUUUGUACAUUUGUCCUGUUUUCCGAUCACUGGAUUUGCUUUCCAAGUGAAUGUGACUGUUCAGCCGUGGUGAAAUAAGAGCCGUGACAGCGCGCUUUGGUCUUUGGUUUUCAGCCCCCGUCUCAGUAGAGCGAUGGCGGCGCCGACAGCUCCUUCUUCCUCCUCCUCCUCCUCCUGCGGCGUCGGCGGUGGCGGCGGUGAGCCCAACCCCAACACGACAAAUUUACGGCCACCUGCGUCAAGCUAUGACUGGAGUGGGGUUGCACAUGGAUGUACGAGAAAGCUCGGGAUGAAGAUUUGCGGAUUUUUGCAGAAGAACAACAAUGUUGAUGAACAAAGCAGGAUUGUGGCUUCUCUGAAUGAACAGUCCUCACCACAGAAGCUCGGCUUACAUGACACACGCUUUAGACGUAAUGAGUCUGACUUCUCCAACCUUUAUGCAAGGGAUUUACUGCCUGCCAAGAAUGGUGAAGAGCCUACAAUCCAGUUCCUGCUGGAAGUGGUGGAAAUCCUCACCAACUAUGUUCGGAAGACAUUUGACAGAUCUACAAAAGUGCUGGACUUCCACCAUCCACACCAGCUCCUGGAGGGUAUAGAGGGCUUUAACCUGGAUCUCUCAGACCAGCCUGAGAGCCUUGAGCAGAUUCUAGUAGACUGUAGAGACACUCUUAAAUACGGUGUCAGGACAGGUCAUCCCAGGUUCUUUAACCAGCUGUCUACUGGACUGGACAUCAUUGGCCUGGCUGGGGAAUGGCUUACCUCAACUGCAAACACUAAUAUGUUCACAUAUGAAAUUGCUCCAGUGUUUGUGCUGAUGGAACAACUGACCCUAAAAAAAAUGAGGGAAAUUGUUGGCUGGCCGAAUGGAGAAGGAGAUGGAAUAUUCUCGCCAGGAGGAGCUAUCUCCAACAUGUACAGUGUGAUGAUAGCUCGAUAUAAACACUUCCCUGAAGUGAAGACUAAAGGCAUGACCGCAGCCCCCAGGAUUGUGCUGUUCACUUCUGAGCAUAGUCAUUACUCUAUAAAGAAAGCGAGUGCAGUUCUUGGAUUUGGGACAGAGAACCUGAUUCUGCUGAAUACAGAUGAGAGAGGUAGAGUCAUUCCUGCUGAUCUCGAAGCCAAGGUCAUAGAUGCCAAACGCAAGGGCUACGUUCCCUUUUUUGUGAGUGCCACAGCCGGUACGACAGUUUACGGUGCUUUUGACCCCAUCAACGAGAUUGCGGAUAUCUGUGAGAAAUAUAACAUGUGGCUCCACGUGGAUGGAGCAUGGGGAGGUGGACUUUUGAUGUCCAGAAAACACAGGCAUAAACUUAAUGGCAUUGAGAGGGCAAAUUCUGUCACAUGGAAUCCUCACAAGAUGAUGGGCGUUCCACUACAGUGCUCUGCCAUUCUGGUCAGAGAGAAGGGACUUUUGCAGGGCUGCAACUCGAUGUGUGCCGGCUACCUUUUCCAACCUGAUAAACAGUAUGAUGUCUCCUAUGAUACUGGAGACAAGGCCAUACAGUGUGGCCGACAUGUGGACAUCUUCAAGUUCUGGCUCAUGUGGAAGGCAAAGGGUACCAUUGGUUUCGAAAAACAUAUAGACCGGUGUCUGGAGCUCUCAGAGUAUCUCUAUACCAAGAUCAAGAACAGAGAAGGUUAUGAGAUGGUGUUCCAUGGACAGCCUCAGCAUACAAAUGUGUGCUUCUGGUAUAUUCCACCGAGUCUGCGUGGCAUGCCAGAUGAAAAGGAUAGAAGGCAGAGACUGCAUAAGGUGGCCCCUAAAAUCAAGGCAUUGAUGAUGGAAUGUGGUUCAACAAUGGUGGGCUACCAGCCUCAGGGUGACAAGGUCAACUUCUUCAGGAUGGUCAUUUCCAAUCCUGCUGCAACCAGGUCAGAUAUCGACUUCCUGAUCGAUGAGAUUGAAAGGCUAGGCGAGGAUUUAUAAAGAGUGCAAUAGUAUUUUAGAUGUCCAGUGUUCAAUGAACAACAGUGUAUUGUAAAUCUCUGUAAAAUCCCAAACAAUUACCGAAUGCAUUAGAGUGAUUGCUAAACUAAGAGUUACAGUCUUGCCAUCACAGAAAUUACUUUCAUCCACCCUGGAGUCUUGUGACACAUUCUGUUCUUGAUGAGAUUAUAUUGUGAUAAUAGUAUAAAAUAUUCUAUAUGUGUAAAGAACAAAUGACCGAUUCAACUUGAAAUGAUGCCAUUAAAUAAACCCUAAUGCUGGUAGUGUGGAGAUUUAGAGGUGAUUACAAUGUUGACACCGAAAAAAAGUUUUCAUGGAACUGUGGUAUCAGGACUUGUGAUCUGGAAGGAGAGCAAUUAAACUGGAAGAUAAUGGCAUCUUGAAAAUC